AUGCUGCUCCCAGCGAGCGUGCUAAUUGGCCUGCUGUGCCUGAGCCAUGCAGGCGGCGUGUGGGGAUUCGCCCGUCUGCUGGAAGACGUGGAGUUACGCUCGGCUUUCUCGGUUGCGCGCACCAACAGCAUGGAAGGCGGGCCCAAGAUGACGGUGACUUUUGAUACCCUUUACGUCAACAUCGGCGGGGAUUUUGACGCCAAGGCUGGCUUGUUUCGCUGCCGUAUCCCCGGGGCUUAUUACUUCUCCUUCACGGUGGGGAAGUUCCCUCACAAAGACCUGUCUGUGAUGCUGAUGAAGAACAGGAACGAGGUGCAGGCCAUCGUGUACGAGGAGAACGCCGGCGAGGAGAGGAAGGUGCAGAGCCAGAGCGUGAUGCUGCAGCUGGAGUUCGGUGACACCGUCUGGCUCCGUCUCCAUGGUGACCCUCGCUACGCUCUCUACAGCAACACGGGACACUACACCACCUUCAACGGUUACCUAGUCUACCCUGACACCUACGGCUACCAGACGCAACACCACCAGCACCGUCCUGCCUACAACUCCCAGCAGCCCCAGCAGGAGAACAUCCACCUGCUGAACAAUAACCAGGCCGCAGAGCACUUCAGGCCGGUGGAGCAGAAUGAGCCGCAGCACAGGGAGGAAGAAGAACAGGAGGAGGGGGAUGAUGAGGAGGAGGAGGAUGACCAGAGAUCUGCCUUCUCCGUUGGGCGCACCCAAAGCAUUGUGGGAGUAGACCAAGUGGGCAUGCCGCAGCAUCAGCCGGUCAGCUUCGACACGGCGUUCGUCAACAUCGGCGAGGACUUUAACGUGACGGAGGGACUGUUCACCUGCCGCGUUCCUGGAGCCUACUACUUCUCCUUCAACGUGGGCAAGCUGCCCCAGAAGACGCUGUCCGUCAAGCUGAUGAAGAACCGCCUGGAGGUGCAGGCCAUGAUCUACGACGACAGCCAGGGCGAGAAGGCGCUGCAGAGUCAGAGCUUGAUGAUGUCGCUGAAGAUGGGAGACACCGUGUGGCUCUACUCCCACCAGAGAGACGGCUUCGGGGCUUACAGCAACCACGCCAAGUACAUCACAUUCACCGGCUUCCUGGUUUACCCAGACAUCCCCCCUGCUGCUGCAGCCGCCGCCGCUAGCACCACCGCCACCAGCAGCCAAUCAUAUGCAGACAAGAAGCCCUAG